CGCAGCCCGCCUCGAGGUGCACUGUGGGUAAGACGUCUCCCGGCGACGGCGGAUCCAUGGCGGCCAUCGGGGUCCACCUGGGCAGCAGCUGCGCGUGCGCGGCCGCCUAUAAGGUGCGCGGCCGGUUGGGGGGGUCUCCCCUCUUCCGUGUAGGCCGAAGGGGGGGCAGGGGGAAAUAAAUGUAAUUUUAAUAAUAAUAAUUUUCGUUUCCUGGGCGAGGUAGUGCCGUUGAGUGGCUAGAGCGGGGUUUGAGGAGGACGUUGGAGUAGCCAGAAGCCUUUAAAUCACAGUUAUUGCUGCUGCCGUUGUUAUUAUUUAUUAAAUUUGUGUCUUCCUGAAUUUGUUUGUGGGAGGGGACGUUAUUGGUUUGUUUUGGUUGAAGGGCAGCAUACAAAUUGGAUUAAUCCUAAUCACCCUAAUCAGGAGAGAGUCCGUGGUCCCUUGUGCUUAAGACCCCUCCCUGCAAGAGGAGACCACAGCCCUCUGGCCCAAAGGGUUGGGCUCCGUGGAAGCCCUUGCCCCCCAGGAGGCAGCGGUGGAGGUAGAAAAGGGUUGACUACAAAAGGGAGGCAGCAAUUGCUUCUGAAGAGGUAAAGGUAAAGGACCCCUGGACGGUUAAGUCCAGUCAAAGGCAACUACAGUGGUACUUCAGGUUACGCGUUUUCGGGUUGUGCACCGCACCAGAACAGGUUACUUCCAGGUUUCAGCGCAUGCGCAGAAGCGCCAAAUUGUGAUGUGUGCAGACGCAGCGCUGCGGGCUGCGGACGUGCCUCCCGCACGGAUCACAUUCGCAACCCGAGGUUCCACUGUAUAGGGUUGUGGCGCUCAUCUCGCUUUCAGGCCAAGGGAGCCAGUGUUUGUCUGCAGACAGCUUUCCAGGUCAUGUGGCCAGCAUGACUAAACCGCUUCAGGUGCAAUGGAACACCAUGACUGAAACUAGAGAGCACGGAAACGCCGUUUACCUUCCUGCGGCAGUGGCACCUAUUUAUCUACUUGCACUGGUGUGCUUCCGAACGGCUAGGUUGCCAGAAGUUGGACAGAGCAAUAGGAGCUCACCCCGUUGCAGGGAUUUGAACCACCAACCUUCCGAAUGGCAAGCCCAAGAGGUUAAGACCACAGAGCCACCCACACUCCUGCUUCUGAAUACCAGUUGCUGGAAAUGGGGAGAGGGGAGAAAGUGAUCAUAGAAUUGUCAAGUUGGAGGAGACUCAGAGGAUCAUCUAGUCCAGCCCCUUCAAUGCGGGAAUCCUUCCCACAGCUGUCCCUGGGUGGACCCAGCCACUAACCUUCUGGUUAGCAGCCAGAUGUACUGAUCUUAAGCUCAUUCAUGUCCUGCUCUCUGGUUUCCCACAAUUGACAUGUGGUGGGCCGCUGUGGGAACAGGAUGCUGGGCUAGAUGGGACAUUGUCCCCCAACCUCACCCCUCCCCUUGGCAGGCAGUAUGGGGUUGACCAUCUUGUUAACAACCAGGCAAGGGUUGCCUCCAUCCACUGUUUGUCUCGCUGCCUUCCGCCAUACCAUCCCGAUGGGCUCCAGCUGUGUGUUAUUCCGCUCCUCCACCUGCAGCUGCUGGGUGACCUUGGGCCAGUCACACUUCUCUGAAGUCUCUCAGCCCCACUCACCUCACAGAGUGUUUGUGGUGGGGGAGGAUGGGAAAGGAGAAUGUUAGCCGCUUUGAGACUCCUUAAAGGGAGUGAAAGGCGGGAUAUCAAAUCCAAACUCCUCCUCUUCUUCUUCUUCUUCCUUUGAGUCUGCAAGUUGCAGGUCAUCUUUCCUGCAAUGUGACAUCCUUGUUCUGCUGCUUCUGGACUCUGCCAUCUCAUUCUGUUGCUGAGUGGGUGGACUCAUCAUAGACCAUAUUUUUUUGAGAAAAAAAUGACUCACUUGGUCAUCUGCUUUGUUUUGGCAGAGGCACACUCCAUUGUAUUUCAAGACAGACAGAUGCUGGCAACAGCGGUUCACAGCCUGUGUCACUUCAGUUGUCUCUUCUGUUAUUUUGCAUAGAGUUUGUGUGCAUCGGGAUUGUGAUGGGUGUUUGUUGAGGGCCAUGUGCAGAGCAUCUCACGUAAAUAAAAGAAAGCUUAUGUGCUUAUUGUAAAAUGCAUUUCCAUCAGUUUACUUGAAUGACACUUUGCUGGAUAAAUAUAUGCAUUGGCCUGGUUUGCACAUAAUGCUAAGCUGUAGUUUCUUAUAUUAUGAAAUCACAGUUUAGUAGUAUUUGUGAACCCUGCUAGCUUAACUAUGGCCAAUUUACUGCCAACAAUCUAUAAACUGUUGUUGGCUUAUGAAGCUUAGUUUGUUUUAAUUGUUGUUGGCUUAUGAAGCUUAGUUUGUUUUAAUUAUGGCUUACAUGUGGGUCCAGCACUCUUUGUUAACUAUGGUUUGGGGUGGGCCAUCAAUCUAGAGCAGCUGGAAAACAAAUCAACAAACAAAAGGAUCCUGUUAUAUUAUUCCCAGUACAUAUUGGAAUAGAAGCUUCCAUUUACAAGAGUUUCCUUUGUACAUUAUUUGUCUUUAUACAAAAUUUACCCUUUGCAUUCCGUGGUAAGGUAAUCGUCAAGAACAGAAUCUAGCCUCUGCUGGACAAACAAAAUUAAGGGAUCCUGUAUUAAAAAAUGAUAGUAUUUUCUGGGGUUUCCAAGUGGUAAUGAGUUACUGUGUUUAAUUUCUGUGUCAAUGAGCAUUAUACUUAAUCAUUCUACUCCAUUCUUCAGGAUGGUCGUGCAGAUGUUGUCGCCAAUGAUGCAGGUGAUAGGGUUACACCUGCUGUUGUUGCAUUUUCAGAAAACGAAGAGGUAACUUUUUCCCCAGUAUAAAUUUGAAGAAAAAGUGGUGGUACCUUUGUUGUUUUUGAACAAAUCUUUUAAAAUUAUUUCCAGGUUGUUGGUCUGGCAGCAAAACAAAACAGAGUGAGAAAUCUUUCAAAUACAGUGGUGAAAGUGAAGCAGAUUCUCGGGAGAAGGUGCGGAAAGUAAUAGUGAACUUCAUUUUGGGAUUUAGUGUGGGUUUAUCUGACAGAAUGGGAUUGUUAAACAAAAAUGUAUAAAAACUGGCAUGUAAGUACAAACCUUGUUACCAGGCUUAAAUAUGCAAGCAGGCUGCUUAAAAGUCUCUUGUAAGCAGUAUGUAUUUUAUUUAACAAAAUUUAAAGCGAGUUAUUCUGGAAUGUAACUUUGUUUUGUUUUGAAUUUUUUUCUACUAUUAAGAAAUAAAAAGUCCAAACUCUGAUAUCAUGCUUAAAUACAUAAACAAAGCUUUGAACAAUUAAAGAUUAAGGAGGACUUCAUUAAACACAAUUCUUAUGUGCUGAAAAUAUAAAUGUAAAUUUUGGGGUGUGUUUUUUUUUGUUUCUUGUUUUGACAGCUCUGGUGACGCACAAGCUGAGAAGUACAUUGCAGAAAGUAAAUGUUCAGUAAGUAAGAAGCUACUUCAUGUUUUCCUCCCAUUACUAUUAGUAGUAUUUAUAAACUGCUAAACAUUGCACAAAUACCAUAGUGAUAUACAACAAGCAGAACCAGAUAAAAUAGUUCUCAAAAAAAAACACCACCUGUAUAAAAGGGCUUUAUACAGUAAAAAUGAAACCUUAAAUUUGUUCCGGUAGCAGAUUGACAUCCAGGGCAGCUCUUAGUACUGGUAUUAUAUGGUGGUGGGAGGCAAACCCAGCCACAGACUGUGCGACCCCCUUCUGACUUGCUGCAGCUUCCAGACCAGAGAAGAGGGCAGCCCCACAUGGUUACAUGGCAGCAAUUCAGCCUUGAAGUUACGAGUGCAGUCUCAGUUCGUUGAUUCACUCUAAUCCAGCCCAGCAAUACGUCCAGACACUGGCCUAGGCAGACCUGAUUCUAAUGUCACAAAGAAAUAGAGUUGGGUGCCAAGCAACAAACUGAUGACAAUUUGUUUCAGAUGUCCUAAUGACAGCACCCAGUGGUGUUAUAUAAUGUUAAGCAGCAGGAGAGGUCUGUUGUGACUGACAGGUCAAGCUUGUAAUUAGAGGGAAUGAUUUCACUCAGUUCUCCAAUCCCAUUGCCUUUGGAGGAGGCAAGCAACUUUCAUUGAGUUCUCUUCCACCCCAUCCCCAAUUAGCUUAGCACAGGAACCUAGCACAAAAACUACUGAACCAAUAUAUCUGCAAUUCAGCAGAUUAUUUACCGAAGAUUACUCUUGUGCCUGCUGGAGGGAUACAGUGCAAUGCUAGUGGACUCCUCCUUCUUCCCCUCCCCAUUUGUUCUGGAGUGUCACCACCCCUUGGGAGCAGACCUUGGAUGUGUGUGUAAUGUUUGCUUUCUAAAUCAUUUAUCAGACGAAAGGAAUCUUGCAGAAUCUUUUAUAACAGAUAAGCUGAGAGAGAGUCAUAUUUGUAUGUUCAUUUGUAGGUCAUUGAAAAGAAUGGAAAACUAAACUAUGAAAUAGAUGGCAAACUUGUUUCCCCAGAAGAUGUUGCAAAGCUUAUCUUCAGUAAAAUGAAAGGUAUGAUAUUAAAAUGUACAUUUUUAAACUAUUUCCCCAGAAGAAAAGUGGUGCAUAUACCUGUAAAUUGAAUUUGCUUGUACUCACAAUAUAAUAUAUUUUUGUAUUAGAAACUGCUCAGUCUGCUUUGGGCUCAGAUGUUAAUGACACUGUGAUUACGGUACCUUUUGACUUCGGAGACAAACAGAAGAAUGCCCUUGGGUGAGAAUACAGUUUUCAGCUUAUUUUUAUUAAAUGUAUUUGUGGGAAUUUGAGAUGUCUGGACAGGAGGCAUUUGGACAUAUUUGGACUUGGAAGAUCUGGGUUCAACAUCAGCUCAACCAUAAGCACAUGGUGUUAACCUGGAGUAGCUCAAUUCUCAUCUAAUUGGACUCUUUCAGUGAAAUAGCAUCACUUGUUGUAAUUGUUUAAGAACUUCCUGCUUAGAGGUUCUGGCACCAUGGAGAGAAAACAAUAUUCAGGUUCCUACCACACAGUAAAUGGACUGUUAAAACUACUCAGAAAUUGAGUGGCGGGUCUGUGAUAACUUUUGGCUCACUUUGUAGCCACAUGAUAGACAACCACAUGAGCUUAUAGCUGCCAUACGGGUAGUUCUUAAAUAGCCAGCUUAUGGGACAUUGUUGUAGGUCAGUCUUCCAUGGAAGCUGGUAUCUUGAGCAGAGGCCAGAUAGUCACAGAUUUGCGACUACCAAGCACCCUGGUUUUUCACGAGGAGGAACUGAAAACCUUUACCAGCAGUGGCCUCAUCUUUCCUGGCCAAUUUUCACUCACCAGGACUAGCAUGCAUCUUGACUUCCAGUUGGAUGCCCCUAUUCCUUUCUUCUUGCCAUGGUGCACAUUCUGCAUUAGGAGUGGACCAUUCAGUGCAGAGCACUGUAUAAAAUAGGAAAGGGCUCAGACAUGCCAGCUGAAGGCAUUUUGUUAUUUGUAGCAGAUUUAGGGCUAACAGUUAAAAAGUCUUGCUGCGUCAGAGAAGCACUCAUUUGUGCCUCCACCUGUUUCUUGAUGCCGCCUGAUCACUUUACCCUAUUGCAUGUCAGGCCUGGCCCUGACUCUCAUGCAUCCUCCCAUUCCUUGUGUUCAGACAUUGCUAACUGCAUAGUCACCAAGGUCUCCAAAGAGAAACAGGUGCACAUUUCCUGUACUUUUUUGAGCUUCAAGUUCAAUUUGCAUGAACAAACAUAGGUAGGCAGCUUAUUCUCCUACCACAAUGUGCCUAUCUGUGCUUAAGUAAAAUGUCUCUUGGCAUGCUUACUGUAUGUCUUGUAGCAGUUUGGCAAUGUUUUGUAAGGUGUUUGUGGUGGUGAUGCAGGGAUAGGGUCCAGCUAUACCAAAAUAAGGUACUUUGCUGUUUUAUGUUGAAAGAAGGCAUCAAUCUAAAGUGACGUACUAAUAUAAAUUAUGUCUUUAUUGCAGAGAAGCUGCUACCGCAGCUGGGCUUAAUGUUCUUCGGUUAAUUCAUGAACCAUCUGCAGCUCUGCUGGCUUAUGGAAUUGGGCAAGAUUCACCUAGUGGAAAAAGGUGACAAUUGGUCUUUAAGCAACCAUUUCCCCUGUGCAAUCCCAAGUAUGCUUACACAGAUAUAAAACUCAAUAGGACUUAAUCCUAGUUUCAGGAUUACAGCCUUGGUUUUAAACAGUAUGCUGCAAAGUGAGUUGGCUCUAGGGUUGUGUGGUAUGGACCUUUGUGAACUUAAUGCUUCACUGGGCAGAAGGGAAUUUUUGAUGGUCUCCUUCCCUCUGUAGGUCCUUGUGCAGCUGAAAAUCUGCUUUAGAAGGCUGGGGAACCCUCUAGAACAGCAUGGGAAGGGAGUAUUAGGAGCUGCUCUCCUCAGAAAUAUUCAGUUCAUGGAGCAGAAUUCUCUGCUGAAUCUGAGCCAGAGGGAUCCUAGACUGCUGUAAAUAAGAAAAUCCAAGUCCUUUGCAACAUUAUUAUUUUUUAAUUCGGGAGAUUCUAAACAAGUGGCAAAGGCAGGAAACCAAAGCAUUAUACUUUAACCAGUCUUUAAUACUGUAAUUUAAAUGGACUUCAUUUCAGGGUGGGCCAGGGCAGUGUUAAGUGAGAGAGCACUAGGAGGAGAACCUCCCUGACCUCGCUUCUGCCCCAUGGAGUGCAGCAGUGGCACUGAUACCAGGAGGUCAUUUUGAGACACAGUCGUCAUUGGCCUGAGAAUCUGCUAUUAAGGCUUUUAGUAUUGAUGCUAAUGAGGCAAGGCAUACUGAUUUCCUUUUCUUUAUUUUGUGUGCAUGGAAGCAAUGUGCUGGUGUACAAGCUUGGAGGAACAUCCCUUUCUAUCACGGUUAUUGAAGUCAACAGUGGACUUUAUCGUGUUAUUUCCACAAACACAGAUGAUAGUAUAGGUGGCAUUUGUUUCACAGAAGCCUUAGCACAACAUUUAGCAUCUGAGUUUCAAAGGUAAGUUCUCUAGAUCCUAAAUAGUAUGUGGUGUUUUAUAAAUGUGUAGUAAGGAAUCAUUGCUGUUAAUUUCGCAGUAUGGAAAAUUGCCAGCACAUUUUGUAACAGAUUUUUUUGACUGAUAUACAAUGCAUUUAUUUAUGAAAAACAUUUCUAUCCACCCUCUGGGUGCAAAAAUAUCACUUGGGGGCCCACAACAUAUAUAACAGGAUUUUUAAAACAAUUACAGUUUAAAAAUAAUAAAACAUUCUCUCAAAAUGAAAACUUCUGGAAAUAAAAAUGAGGUUUUUUUUAAAAAAAUACAACUUCUAAAGGUCUACGCUGUUGAAAUAAGACAAACAGUACAUUCACAUAAUGUUUUGGGGAAAGGUUGUUACUGUAAAUUUGACAUCGGUUCUUAGUUCAAUUUGCAAAUAAUCCCAAUCUUGUAAAGAGCUAUUUACCAGGUUGUCUGAGGUGAGUAAGAAUUGUCUCCAGGCAACUAGAUGGAAGCUUUGCAAACAAUGGUUUUCUCCCCAUUUUUUCUUUUCAGGCCACAAAUGACUAAUGUAACUAUGAGAGGGCAAGCAGCCUAGUAUUUUUAUUAUUAUUAUUAUUAGGGCUAGUGACUUUUGUGGACUUGCAAGGCUGUUAGAUCCUUUGUUUCAUGCUUACAUUCUUGAAGGAUCCUGAUAGAUAUCACUUACAAGCAGCAUGGGAAAGUUGGGGUAGAUAUAGCCAAAGUUAAGCAUUUCCAAAUUCUGUUGAUUUCAACAUGAGAGUUAAGCACAACACUAAGAUGUCAGAGCCUCAAUGUUUGCAUUUGUGCUUCAUGAAUACUUACUCAAAAGAACCUCCCCUCUUUCAGUAACCAUACAUCCCCAGCUUUCAAGAGUAGAUGCAUAUAAUGUUUAUACUUUAAUUUGAAAAACAUGAUAAAUUUCAGGAUCCACCUUUCCCCCCUAACUUCUAGGGUAAAUGAUGGCCACUAUUACUGAGUAGGUUCUCUGUAAUGGUUAAUAAUACUUUUUUUGUAAAACAACAACAACAACCCUGUAGAUCUUAUAAAUAUGAUGUGAGGGGAAACUCCAGGGCCAUGAUGAAGCUCAUGAACAGUGCUGAGGUGGCAAAGCAUUCACUGUCGACACUCGGAAGUGCCAACUGCUUCGUUGACUCCCUGUACGAUGGGCUGGAUUUUGACUGUAAUGUGUCUAGGUAAGAUAUACUCUUGAAUCUCUGCAUGUGUAGCAUUGUUUUCCAUGACAUCCUUUAAAUUUAACUAGUGUGAAUUUAGCUUUAGAUGCUUGGCAGAAAAAUAAAAUUAAAAAUAGGAGCAGCUUCCGGAGGGGGGCGGAUGUUGGCAAUCCUAACUACCAAUACACUCAGCUUGGGAGAGUGCAGGGAAAGGGGAUGUUGACAAUAGGAGAUUUUUGCUUUAUGCAUGAUCUCCAGGAUGUAACCCCCACGUAAGGUAAUGAUCGUGAUAGUUGGCUACUCUCCAUAUGGAAUGUAUUUAUAAAAUGGCAACUGUUUUCCUUUUCAUGGGCAAGAAAAUUAUUAUUAUUUAUUAGAUUUCUUACUCUCCCUUCCCCAUGAGGUCCCAGGGAGGUGGGUUACAACCGUUUAAAAAGAAAAUAUUAAAAUUGGUUAAAACAUAUGACAGUAUAUGAAGUUGGAGUAAAGAGGUACAUUGAAGGUGCCAGAAGGAAUCUCACAGUUUAAGGGCUGCCACAAAGAUUCCCCUCUUCUAGCCUCCCACGCCACCCAGGAUUUCUUAGGGUAGUGGGACACCUAAGAGGGCCCCGUCCACUGAUCUGAACACCCAAGAGGAUCUGUAGGGAAGAGGCUGCUUUUUCUGGUAUCGGGCCUAAGUUAUUCAGGGCUUUAAACACCAAUGUGAGCAUUGGGCUCAGAAGCAAACUGGCAAGCGCGUUCAGCUCUUUUGAAGCUGGCGUUGUGCGAGUUCUAAAUGGAAACCCAGCCACUCACUCUUCUGGCUGCUUCAUUUUGGAGCAGCUGAAGUUUCUGAGCCAUCAGAAACUGAGGGCAGCUCCAUGUUUAAUAUUAUACUACUGUAUUGGGUUUCUCUGCAAACGUUUCCCUGUGGAAAAUAUGGAUAUGAAUGUGCUUGUUUUUUUUAACAACGCAGGGCCAGAUUUGAACUUAUUUGCUCUGCACUUUUUAACAAAUGCCUAGAAGCCAUCAAAAAGCUCUUGAAGCAAGUUGGACUUACAGCAGAUGAUAUCAAUAAGGUAACAAUACAAAUAACUUGGUCUAUUUUGAAGUCAUUCUUGAAAUUCUUGUUUUGACAAAUAUGUAGGAAAUACAUAAGAGUAUAUUCACAAAGAAGCAGAUGCAUUCGGAUGGUUUGGACUAUUGUUCAAGGCUUCACAAACCAUGCUUUAUUAAACUGGAAAUGAAAUCAGGGACAAGUAUUCCUCCCUAGUAGGGCUGGGCAAUAUAUCAGUAUCUCGUCCAAAACCGGUUUCAAGUCUGUAUUGUGAUACCGGUUUCAUAGUUUUUGCCCUGGCAAUAUAUAUCUUGAAUCAUGAAGUGUGUUAGGGCUGGAUGAUAUACCAUCUAAAACCAGUUUCAAGUCCAUAUCAUGGUAAUGGUUUCAGAAUUUUUGACCUGGCAAUAUAUCUCAAAUCAUGAUGUGUGCGUGCGUGCAAUGCAAAAAUCACCAUGCAGGAAAAAAUUGUGAAGCCAUCCAGUGCCUCUAUAGUGCAUCCAGUGCAUCCUUAUUUCAGACAUCGUGAAAUAUCAGUAUAUUGCGAUGUUUAGCUGGUGAUAUAUCUGGUUGAAACCCAGGUAUCACCCAGCGCUACUCUCUAGCUGCUCCCCUCCUCUCAGGUGCUGCUUCACAGCUUAAUUCCUGAAGCCACUGCUCUCCAUUACAUCUGAGUGGUUGUGCAGCGGGGGUGGGGGACUAUAACUUAAUGCCAAUUAACAAGCCAGGAUAAUAAGUCUGGACAUCUGUUUCCCCCCACUUUCUGUGUGUGUGUGUGUUUGCGUGUUUGCAAAGUUUGCAUACACAAGUACCCUUUGAAAAGCCUAACCGGUCCAUCUUUGCUGUUGUCCUAUUAAUGCUUUAAUGUCCUCUAGGUAGUUCUCUGUGGCGGAUCGUCUCGCAUCCCAAAACUGCAGCAGUUGAUCAAAGAACUUUUCCCUAGUGUUGAAUUGCUGAACUCUAUUCCUCCAGAUGAGGUCAUUCCCAUUGGGGCUGCCAUGGAAGCUGGGAUCUUGCUAGGAAGAGAAAAUACAUUUUUAGAUGAUGAGAUACUGCCUAUUGAAUGUUCUGCCAAAGAUAUCUUAGUCAAGGUAAGCAAGCAAAUUAAAUGAAUGAAUGUCUUUAUAUCUCUUGCUUAGAAUUAGAAAGAGAGCUCCCUCCCUAAUCUGUAUUAAUUAUCUUCCACCACUGCUACCUUUGUGGGUUUAGGUUUUAAUGUGAAAACUUUCCUGAAAGAGAUUUGGGGUCACUUAAGUAGCAAUUAAAGUAAAUAAGUGAGAGACUGAAACUCGUUAUUUCAUAUUGAUGCACAGUUAAUAUAUUUGCCAUUCAGAACUCUGUGUUUUUAAUUGAAGGACUAAGUAUUUGAAUAGGAUUCCCUAAGAUUCCAGAAUUGACAGGUCAUCUUAACACGCCAACAUAAAUAGUAAACUUUCAUAUUUUAAAAUUUAAUUAGGAGUCUAUCAAAUAAAUCCAAUUCAUUAAAAAAAAUUAAUUUGGCCACCCAUUUCACCUUCAUAUCUGAUCCAUAAAUUAUUUCAACACUCAUAGGAUUUGACUAGUAGCAUGAAUCAAUACAGAAUCAUAUUUAAAAUCUCCCCUCCUUUUUACUCAGGGGUCACUGUUUGUGCUGUAAUGUUUUCCUGUCUGUCGUCGCAGUGCACGUGCUGUAACACAUUGUGGUGCCUUAAGAUCUGGGGUCCUUUCUGCAGAGUGCUUACCGUAUUUUUCGCCCUAUAGGACGCACUUUUUCCCCUCCAAAAAUGAAGGGGAAAUCUGUGUGCGUCCUAUGGGGCGAAUACAGGCUUUCGCUGAAGCUUGGAGAGCGAGAGGGGUCGGUGCACACCGACCCCCUCUCGCUCUCCAGGCUUCAGGAAGCUAUCAGCAAGCCUGGGGAGCCCUGCGGGAGUUUCCACAGGGCUCCCUAGGCUGCGGAUAGCAGCCUGCCGCCCGGCGCGCAGGGCGCCCUAAAGCGGAGUGACCCGCGCGCCGGGCAGACAUCCACAGCGUGGGGAGCCCUGCGGGAGUUCUUGCAGGGCUCCCUAGGCUGCGGAAUAGCAGCCUGCUGUCCGGCGCGCGGGCGCCCUGAAGCAGAGCGCCCCUCGCGCUGGGCAGAUAUCCGCAGCGUGGGGAGCCCUGAGGGAGUUCCCACAGGGCUCCCUAGGCUGCGGAUAGCAGCCUGCUGCACAGAGCGCGGGGCACGCUGAAGCAGAGCACCCCGUGCUUCGGGCAGACAUCGGCCAGCCCCACAAGCUCGGGGGACAGCGGGGAGGCGCAGCGCCGCCAUCCCGCUGUUCCCCGACCUGGUUGGGGGGGGGAAAUAAAGGGGGAAAAAUUUCCUUUAUUUCCCCCCCAAAAAACUAGGUGCGUCCUAUGGGACGAAAAAUACGGUAUGUUGCAUCUCUCUUAUUUCUUUACUUUAUAUUCUUUUUUGGAAAACAAAAAGUACAUAAUUACAUGUACAGAGAGUAAGAUAUGACAAAAAAGAAGAAAAAAGAAAUAGUAGCUUUGCAGAAAACAACAGAACAACAAAACAUUAUAUACAUUACAAAAAAAUGAUUUUUUUAUUGUAGUUAACCAGACUUUAACUUAAUACGCUAUUUACAAAAAAUAAUUCCAAAUACUGUUAAAUUUGGCCGUGUUUGCACACAGUUUGUUCAUAUCUUCAGGCAUGAAAAUAAGCCACUUAUUUAUUUUUCCAGUUCAUUAAUACCUGUCUUUUUGCUGUAAUGAGGACAGAGAUAGUCCAUUCAUAUUCUCCCUUUGUUAGAUUCCAUGUGUUUUGGGUAUAUAAUUCAAAAGGAUAUUUUCCUCUGCAAAUUUAUGAUUAUUCCGUACAGUCAUGUUGAUCAUCUCUAUUACCUUCUGCCAAAAAUUUAUCAAUAUAGGACAUUGUACAAACCUGUGUUUUAGAGAAGCAUUAUCUCCAGCAGCUCAAUGUCUUAGUCCUUUCAUAAAUGAGCGCAAUGGAGUCCUAAAUUAUUAUUUUUUUUUCUGUAUGAGACUGAAUUUGAGGUCCAGAGGCAUGCUUGUUAUAGAACUUAACAUAGUUUCCCAUUGUUUGGUCGAGAAUCUCCAGUUCCUUAUACCAUUCUUCCUAUAUAAGGAAAUGGGUGUGUGUGUUGUUACAUAAGAGUUAAUCAGCUGUUUUAAUAUAUCUGGGGUGUCUGCAGCUGUAAAAGCGGCUGGUCCGUUAAUGGCAGUUAGCAUGUGCUUUAUCUGAAGAUAGUACCCUUGAGCAUUUAAAAGUAAUUCAUAUUUGUCUCUUAACAUGGAAUAGGCAUAAAAUUCAUCCUCCUUGUCUAUUGAUUGCUCUAAGUUUAAUAUACCCAACUUCAUCUCUCUUAUUUCUUAGGCAAUGGAUCAGUCAGGGGCUGAUAAAUUUGUGGUGGUCUUCCCAUCAGGAACCCCUUUGCCAGCUCGAAGGCAGCAUACUCUACAAGCCCCAGGAAGCAACUCCUCUGUCUGCCUAGAAUUAUACGAGUCUCUGGAAAAGAUCCCCAUAAAAGAGGACAACAGAUUUGCACAGGUGAAGAAAUAUAAAUAGAAAAUAACGCUUGUUUUCCCCAGUGUUUACUCAAAAGCAUACUUCACUGUCACAAAUCUUAUUUGUAUGUUCAUUAGGCAUUUGAAGCUUUUGCCUCUUAAAUUCCUUAGCUUAUAAAAUGUUGUAAACACAUCUACGGUAUUUUUAGAGCAGGGUGGGUGCACAAAAACCAUUUUAAAAAACAUUUAAAGCAGAUAAAAACUAUCAAGUAACUUGGUUAAUCUAAAUUAAAAUUGUAAACAAUAGGGGCUGCAAGUUGCUCACCUGUGUUGAAAUACAUGCUAAUUUAUUACUCCCUUUAGCCUUACAAAUUGAUUCACUAGUUUUUUCAGAGCAUGCUUUGUCUGCCUUAGAAAACCAUUUUCCUGAAAUUACCUUGAAACUUUGUAGCUCAAUAUUUUAUAUUUUAGCUUUUGUAUAUGGCAAUGUAGAACAAAUGGUUUAAAUCAAAGUGCUUUUGAUAUAAUCUCACUUGCAUUUCUUUGGUUUUGACAGUUAAAAUUGCUAGAAUAGAUAAGAUGCAGAUGACAAAGGAUCUUAAUGUUUUGUUUUGUUUUAAGCAGAUUGUCCUCCAGGAUUUAGAUAUAAAGGAAGGUGGUCUGCAUGAUAUCUUAACUGUUCUCACAAUGAAAAGGUACUGAAAACCAAAAUACUACAACUUUGGUUCAGCAUAUCAAGUACAUGUGAAAUGUCCAUCUUUCAGAACUCGGGUUUUUCUGUUGCAGCUUUUUGGUAGUAUCUACUUUUCAAGGUGGCGCUGUGGGUUAAACCACAGAGCCUAGGACUUGCCAAUCAGAAGGUUGGCGGUUCGAAUCCCCGCGACGGGGUGAGCUCCCGUUGCUCGGUCCCUGCUCCUACCAACCUAGCAGUUCGAAAGCACAUCAAAGUGCAAGUAGAUAAAUAGGUACCGCUCCAGCGGGAAGCUAAACGGUGUUUCCAUGCGCUGCUCUGGUUCGCCAGAAGCGGCUUAGUCAUGCUGGCCACAUGACCCGGAAGCUGUACGCCGGCUCCCUCGGCCAAUAAAGCGAGAUGAGAGCUGCAACCCCAGAGUUGGUCACGCCUGGACCUAAUAGUCCCUUUACCUUUACCUUAAUUUUCAAGGUACUGCAGAAAUUCCACCUAUCAGGAGUUGAUGUAUUAGGGUAGAACUGUGGAUCAAAUCAACUUCUGGAAUAUCAGGGAUGCUUUUUCUUUCCCAGAUCAGUGGGCAAGCGUUCUUUGAACUGUGGGGUGCUCUGGUUAACAUUCCCUUCUGCUGCCCCUUUCCUUUUCAGUUAAGAGAGGGAUGGGGAUGUUGCUGGAUCGCACCUCUCUUCUUUCCUGAGUGCUGGCCAUGCUCCCCGUGGCUAGUGAAUGCUGGGAAUCCCAACAGCUGGAAAGCCACAGGUUCCCCACAAAGGAGAGCAUGUUUUCUGGGUAAUGGGACUCCCCACACCUGUCAGCUGAAUCAAAGAAUUCCACGGAGGAAUGAUGGGGACAUCCAACGUGGGAGCUUAGUUUUUGAGACCUAUUCAGCCCCUCUCAGGGUGCAAUUAGUCUCCAGAGGUUCACACUAUAAAAAUCUCUCUUUUCUUAGGGAUGGAUCACUGCACGUUUCCUGUACAGAUCAAGAUACCGGAAAAUGUGAAGCCAUUACUGUAGAAGUGGCAUCGUAGUCUUAAUUUAGAAGGUUCCGUUUUUUUAAUUGUUACCUCAAACCAGGUUUUAAGUGAGUGAUGCCAUGUGUACAAUACAAUAAAUAUAAUACAAUGAAAAG